AUGUCCUCAUCAUUGACAUCGAAACUCAACUUCUCCAGCUUAAACGUGCCACCGGCAACCAGAGCUCUGCUGAUCACGUUGACGCUGGGUACUGUGCUGUUACAAUUCUUGAAGAAUAACAUGUACAAGGCGUUGGUAUCCUCAGGUGAAACGGAUAUCAACAUGGACUAUAUCAUUGUUCCCUUCUUGCAACUGGUUCCAAACCAUACGUUAUGGCAUCCGUGGACUGUUAUCACUGCGCUGUUUGUCGAUACCUCUGUGUCAAGAUACCUCGUGUCGUUGUUCUUCAUGUUCUUUGCUGGAAAGUUCAUCGAGAGAUCGUGGUCCAGUAAAGAACUCGUCAGGUUCGUUCUCAUCGUGGGUGGAGCUGCCAACUUGUUGACAUCGAUCGCUCUCAUAUUUUCGAACCUGAUCUUCGGCAAUGAGUUCUUCAAUAUCCCAGUUGACGGGAACUUGUGUUUGUUGGUCUCUUACCUGGUUGUUUUGAAACAAUUGAUCCCAGAACACUCUGUCGUGCUCUUCAAAGGUGUUCUGCAAUUCAGAGUGAAACAUAUUCCUUUCUUCGUUCUCAUCGUUGUCACUGUCAUUUCAUCUGUGACGGCAUCGAGCAGCCCAGCUCUACAAGCCUGGAUCGGUCUCAUAGCCUCAUGGACCUACCUUAGAUUCUUCCAAUCAAGUGUCGCUGACCCUCUUUUACCACAACACAAUAACGUGGUAGGUGUUAGAAGAAUAUACGGAGAUGCCUCUGAGACUUUCAGCUUUGUUCAUUUCUUCCCAGAUGUCUUUGCCCCAAUCCUUGGACCGAUCUUCAACCAGUUUUACGAGACUCUAGUUCAAUUGAAUAUCUUGCCUAGAUUCAACGAAACUGACAUCGAACAAGGUAAUAUCAUUGCCAGCAGACGUCUAACUGGCCAUGCGUCUCAUGAGCCGGACACAAGAAAUGCUGCUGAGAGAAGAAGACAAGUUGCUCUCAAGGUUUUAGAGGAGAGAAUUGGCGAGGAUGCUACAAGAAGAGAGACCACCCCGGUAUCUUUAUGGUCUAUUUGA